UAAACUGGACUACAGUAUAAAAGGAUGCAGCCACAGUAGCCAGAGUACCUUUGGCGCAGCUCUCCAGGCCGCUCCGGUCUCAGAGGAACCCUCAUCAUGAAGCUUUCCUGCAUCCUUCUUCUCUCCCUGGCCCUGGGAUGGGCUCAUUCGCAAGGACAAGGACAUCCACCUGGACAUGCACAUCCACCUGGACAUGCACAUCCACCUGGACAUGCACAUCCCCCUGGACAUGAACAUCCCCCUGGACAUGUACUCCCACCUGGACAUGGAAAGCAAGGCCUUCCACCAGAAUUUGCACACGGGCAUGCAUCACAUGUCCCUGACCGCUGUAAAGGUCUUGAGAUGGAUGCUGUUGCAGUGAAUGAGGAGGGAAUCCCAUACUUUUUCAAGGGUGACCAUUUAUUCAAGGGCUUUCAUGGCCAUGCUGAGCUUUCCAAUGAGUCUUUUGCUGAGUUGGAUGACCAUCAUCACCUGGGCCAUGUGGACGCUGCUUUCCGCAUGCACUUUGAAGACAGCCCCAAUGAACACGACCGCAUGUUCUUCUUCUUGGACCACAAGGUGUUCAGCUAUUACAAGCACAAGCUGGAGGAUGGCUACCCCAAGGACAUCUCUGAAGUCUUCCCCGGAAUCCCUGACCACCUGGAUGCUGCUGUGGAAUGCCCCAAGCCAGAGUGCGACGAAGACUCCGUUAUCUUCUUCAAAGGGGACGACAUCUACCACUACAAUGUCAGAACCAAGGCUGUAGAGGAGAAAGAGUUCAAGUCCAUGCCAAACUGCACAUCUGCUUUCCGCUUUAUGGAGCACUACUACUGCUUCCAUGGACACAUGUUCUCCAAAUUCGAUCCAAAGACUGGCGACGUGCACGGCAAAUACCCCAAAGAGGCACGUGACUACUUCAUGAGGUGCUCCAAGUUCAGUGAUGACAGUGACCAUGUGGAGAGAGAGCGAUGCAGCCGUGUCCACCUGGAUGCCAUCACUUCAGAUGACGCUGGAAACAUAUAUGCCUUUAGAGGCCACCACUUCCUCCGUAAAUUUGAAAACGACACACUGGUCAGUGACACCAUCGAGAAUGAUUUCAAGGAGCUGCACAGUGAGGUGGAUGCUGUUUUCUCUUAUGAGAAUCAUCUUUACAUGAUCAAGGAUGACCAUUUGUUUGUCUACAGAGUCGGUGAGCCCCACACCCACCUGGAUGGUUACCCCAAGCCUGUGAAAGAGGAGCUGGGCAUUGAGGGCCCCAUUGAUGCCGCAUUCGUCUGCGAGGAUCACCACAUUGCUCACAUCAUCCAAGGUAAUCACAUCUAUGAUGUUGAGUUGAAAGCCACCCCCCGUACUGCAGGCAACAAGCGUCCAAUCGCACUCUUCAAGAAGGUUGAUGCUGCCAUGUGCGGUCCUGGAGGAGUUAAAGUGUUUGUAGGAAAUCACUACUACCACUUUAACAGCACCAUGUUGUUUGUUGCUGGUAGGGCCCUGCCUGAGCAGCACAAAGUGUCUCUGGAGCUCUUUGGCUGUGAUCACUAAGAUGCUUGUACGACAGGACUGACUGGGUUUUGCAGAGCCGCACACACAACACAGUGAAAUAUGGAAAAACAAAAGCCCCAACAACUUCAAGCAGGAGGCGCCGCGCAGUUCACCAAAAUUUUGGCGACAGAUGAUGCGGUAGUUCAUACCCAUUGUUUUGCUCCUGUGUCUUACCUCAAAAUAACCUUCUUUAUCCCAUUUAAAGGGCUAUUACUUUUCAUACUAAAGCUCUGUGGUCCUCCAUCCAAAGUGUGCUACCAAGAAGGUGAAUGCUUUCCUGCGAUUUGUUUUGUAGUGGUGUGAAUAAAGUGGAGUGGUAACAAUCAA